AUGCAAACAAGAUCAGCAAGUAGAGGGAAACAGAAAGAAGUCGAAGCCGCUACUUCUUUUUUGCCGCAAGGUAAGUAUUUGAAGCCUGAAGAAAUCGAAUAUGAAUUUGGUGGAGUCCCUGGUGUCAUUGGAAUGCUUGUUGGCUUCCCGUUACUCAUGUAUUACAUGUGGAUAUGUGCAGAGUUUUACAAUGGGAAGCUUGCAUUACCCGCUCAUGGUGAGACAUGGUCACAUUUCAUUGGGACUCUGUAUGAUAUCUUCUUGAAACACGCUAUUCCAAGCGCUCGUGCAUGGACAGUAUUUUUAACAUUCUGGGCUUUCCAAAUUGUUUUCUACUAUACAUUGCCUGGUAUUUGGACGAAAGGUCAGCCAUUGGCUCAUUUAAAAGGUAAACAGUUACCUUAUUAUUGCAAUGCUAUGUGGACAUUCUACGUGACAAAUGUGUUGGUCACUGUACUCCAUUUCACAGGUCUCUUCAAGUUAUACACUAUAAUUGACUUAUUUGGCGAAAUUAUGACAUGUGCUAUCGUCUCUGGUUUCAGUUUUUCCAUCGGUUUAUACCUAUGGACGUUGUUCAUUAGUGGAGACUAUCAUAGAAUGACUGGUAAUCAUCUUUAUGACUUCUUCAUGGGUGCUCCUUUGAACCCAAGAUGGGGCAUUCUUGACUUAAAAAUGUUUUUCGAAGUCAGAUUACCAUGGUUCACAUUAUAUUUCAUCACAUUAGGUGCAUGUUUCAAACAAUAUGAACUGUACGGAUACGUCACACCUCAACUAGGUGUCGUCCUCUUAGCACAUUGGCUAUACGCUAAUGCUUGCGCUAAAGGAGAAGAACUUAUUGUUCCAACUUGGGAUAUGGCCUAUGAAAAAUUUGGAUUCAUGUUAAUCUUUUGGAACAUUGCUGGUGUCCCAUACACUUAUUGUCAUUGUACUUUAUAUUUGAUUUAUCACCAUCCUACUGAGUACCAAUGGUCCACAUUAUAUAACUUUUCCUUAUAUGCUGUCCUUCUAUGUGCUUACUACUUCUUUGACACUGCCAAUGCCCAAAAGAAUGCAUUCAGAAAACAAAUGGCAGGUGACAAACAUAUUAGGAAGACUUUCCCAUAUUUACCAUACCAAAUUUUGGAAGAUCCAAAAUAUAUGGUCACCGCGAAUGGCUCAUAUUUACUAAUCGAUGGUUGGUAUAAAUAUGCCAGAAAGAUUCAUUAUACAGCUGACUGGACACAGUCUCUAAUAUGGGCUUUGUCAUGUGGUUUCAGUUCUCCAUUCCCAUGGUUUUUCCCAGUUUUCUUCUUCGUCGUAUUAGGUCACAGAGCCAUGAGAGACCAAACCAAAUGUAGAAGAAAGUAUGGUCACGACUGGGAUAAAUAUUUGGAACAUUGUCCAUAUUUGUUCAUCCCAUACAUAUUUUGA